AUGAAAACAUGUAAUCAAACCAAACAUAUACCAACACCAAUACUUGACAUUGAAGUUCUGUCGAAUAUCAUCCCAAGAUAUAAAUUUGAGUUUGAAAGUAUUUUACUCAAUACACUUUUCUCAGACUUGAAGAGAAGAAAAAUAUCAACGAUGAAUAAGAACAAGAAAAUGAUUUCCAAAUUCACAUCAAUCGAUCUUAAUACAGUUGAAUCUGUAACAUCAAAUGAAAGAUUUCGAAAGAAAAAUGUUCUUUUGUUUAUAUCUUCGAUGAUUUUGAUUGUUAUUAUUGUGAUCAUUCCCAUCAUUAUUGUCAAAAUAACGAAGAAAAAGAAUAUCACAACAAUUCCAACAACAAUAUCAAAAGAAGAAUCAACAAUUCAAAUAAUAACAUCAACAAUAUUAAUUUCCCAACAAAUUCUUCUAUCAAAGAACAGUUCAUGGAAACAAAAUGGAACAACAAUUGCUGGAGGUCAUGGAUUUGGAGAUAGUCUUCAACAUUUGAAAUAUCCACAAGGAAUUAUUAUUGAUGAUGAAAAAAAUCUUUAUUGUGCUGAUUGGGCAAAUCAUCGAAUUGUUAAAUGGAAAUAUAAUAAUAAUAUUGGUGAAAUUAUUGUUGGUAAUCGAGGUCAAGGAAAUUUAUAUGAUCAAUUGAAUGGUCCUAUGUGUGUCAUUAGAAAUAAACAAGAGAAUUCUUUAAUUAUUUGUGAUGUUGCAGAUGAUGAGAAGGACGAAAUAAGACGAUGGAAAAUAGGAGAGAAAGAAGGAACAUUAAUUGCUGGUGGAAAUGGAAAAGGAAAUAAUUUAAAUCAAUUGAAUGCAACUUUUUUUAUUCAUAUUGAUAAAUCAAAUUCACUUUAUGUCUCAGACAAACAAAAUAAUCGUGUAAUGAAAUGGAAAAAAGAUGCCAAAGAAGGAAUUCUUGUUGCAGGUGGAAUUUACCAUGAAAAUACUUUUGAGAAAUUAAAUGGUCCCACUGGAUUGUUCGUUACUGAUCUUGGUCAAAUCUUUGUAGUUGAUAGUAAUAAUAAUCUAAUAAUGCGUUGGAAUGAAAAUGAUAAUAAAAGUGAAAUCGUUGUUGGUCAAGAUGGAUCAACAAAUUUAUACAAUCCUACUGGUUUAUCAUUUGAUAUUGAUGGAAAUUUAUAUGUUGCUGAUUGGGGAAAUGAUCGAAUUCAAAGAUUUGACAUUGAAUUUAAUUAA